AUGGCCUACAGCUUAAAUUUGUCAAAAUUCACAAAUGUGUUUCGCAGCAGAUUGGCACUGAUGGUAGAAAUAACUGAUGUAUACCGACCUCACAUCUCGACCCAUAAGGAAAAAUUGAUGGGAUUGAUUAAGGAAAAAGCUGAGGCAGCUACCAAAUCGGAAUUGGCGAAGAAGAUGAAAGUUCUUAAAGAGUACAAAUUGGAAUUUUCACCGCCACGACCGGCAGAAUUGACGAAAUUGUUCGCAGACUUGGAAUUAGUUCAAGAGUUUUUCAGCAACAAGUGCUACAAUCACAUAACAGUUCGCCAAGCCUGGCUACUCUUCUUGGUAUGCACCGAAAUAUCGAUGUGGUUCUUCCUUGGAGAAACUAUUGGAAAACGACAUAUCGUCGGAUACAAAGUCUAA